GGCGGACACGGGCCUUGCAGCCAGGGCAGUCGUACACCGACCGUACAGAGGGUCGUACACGGGCUAUGCACUAGAGCAGCCAUGCACCAGUAGAGUUGCACCUCACUGAGCAGUUGGACGAGGCCGUCCGACGAGACGCCGUCACCAUGGCCGUCAUCCAGUGAACCCACAUGGACAGUCACCUGCGAGUCACCCACACGAGCAUUCCGACCAUAAUCAUUGUACCGUCCGGCGCUACACAAUAAAUCCAUCCAUAGUGUUGUCCAGAACUCACGUGAUCUUCCGAGGAAUGACGCCUUAUUUGAAGGGCACUCUCAAGCGAAAAUCCUCAGUAUGGACCGCAGCGCGAUACUAAGGGAGGGGCAGAGCAAUUAACUGCUUUCGGCUCUUUAUAAAAUCAGAGGCCAGCCAACAUUUCGCGAAUGAAACGCGCUAACUGACCAUCAUGCAGCCGUUCUUCAGACUUGUCCUAUUUGCCUAUGCGCUUGUAAUUCACUAUGCAGCCGGCCAAGACGACUGGAGGAGCGGACAGGACGGCAGCGUGCCUUGCAACGCGUUCGUCGGCACUUUGGACAAAGGCAAGCCGGUGUACGUGGCGAGGGCCGCGCUGAACGGCGGCCUCCUUCCCGGCAAACUCGUGUCCCGCCUCGGACAGGCGUACAUCCCGUUCAACGACAAAGAGUACAAAGUGAGCAGCUACGACGUGCUGUGCAACUCGCGCUCCUACAGUUGGGAGUUCUUCAGCAUCAGCGUGCAGCGAAGCCCGGUCCCCUUUCCGGCCUCCUUGUUCUUCAACUCGGAUCCGCCGCCCGUACGGGUGCCGUCCAACGCGGUCGUCGGCGGAUACUCGGCCGUACACAAGGACAAUCUGUACAUCUGCAAAGUCGGAUCGAGCAUUGGAAAGGUGCACCUUCGCCACAAGGCGUGUUUCUACCCAUACGGUGGAAAAGAGGGCAACUCUAAGAUUUUCGACUUGCUAGUGAGGGAUUAAUAAUGCGACCUUUAUUUUUCAAAUGAUCAACUUUAUCGGGUUAUUAUUUUAAGAUAUCUUAAUCAACGUUGAUGUGGAAAAUGUAAUAUGUAACUAACAAAUUCAUUUUUCAAUAAAGAUUCACGAUUUUGCA